AUGGUGCUGAGCGCCUCGAAGUUCAAGCACAUUCUGAACAAUGCCGGGCACACUAGCAAGGCCUAUGUUGGUCAGUCUGGCCAUGAAUGGUCUUUGCUUUGUUCCAACCAUCGUGGAAUGCUCUUGCAAGAAGUUUGCAAGAAGGAGCUGACCCGGUUACAUCCGCACAGCACAAUCGAAGAACCUACCCGAGGGACGCGUUGCAAUGGAGCUCGAAGGUCAGCUUCACAGGCGGAGUAUGACUUUAGUGUGGAUGGGCGCAAGAUUGAGUGCAAGAGUGCGCAAAUGACAUGGCAGAGAAAGCGGCAAAGUUGGGUCGUACACUUUUGUUGCAUCAAGCUGGCGUGGCCAGGCUUGCGGGACCAGGCGCCGUUCGAUGAUUUGUAUCUCACAAUCUUCAGCCCGGAUAGCUUGCACAUCAUCAAGCAUGAUCUUCAGACUAGAGUUUCCACAGCUGGCAAGCAAACAGGAAUCGCUGGCCAUCGCAUUGCUGCCGAAGGUGCUGCAAGGCAAGAAUGCUGGCAAACGGCACGCUCUCAAAUUCUUGACAAGUUUCUGGCUGCAGGACACUGCGAACUUGUGUCUUAUGUGGAUUUGUCAGGUGCUGAAAUUGGAAGCUGGCUAGCACAGCAAAUGGAAGAAGUGACAGGACUUCAGGACCAUGCAUACAAAGGGGUGCCGCUGCACCACAUGACACCACAGCUACGUGGCUUGCGAAUUGAGGCACUGGCAUUUGAAGUAGAUCAAAUUCUUCAUCCAACUCAUUCAUUUUUGAGACAUUCUUCUACUGCGGACUGGCUCCGUGGAGGAGUGGCAGUGGAAGUCAAGCACGGGCAGAUGCGCUUCAACAAAAAGAAGAAGUUUUGGCAAUGCAGUUUUUCACACAUCAAGUGUGCCAGUGAUGAAGCUCGUGAGCUGACUAGUUUUGACGAGCUGUGGCUUGCCAUCUACAGCCCCUUCGGCAUUCAUUUUUUGAGGCAUCCUGGCGGCAAAGUCCGCUUUUGUGACGCAGGUGUGGGACAGCAGGUGUUUGGAAGUACCAUUGACAUCAGAGCGCCCUCUCACGUGCUGGAUGUGAGGGAAGCCCUUGACAAAAUGCUACAGAAGAUGCAGGAAUGGGGCUAUGACUGCGAGAUCGCCAUUUGGAUCGACUUGAAGAGGGCCAUCGCAGACAACGUGCCCUUCUACAUGAGCCCCUUGCUUGCAGGUGCAGGUGAAGCAUGGUGUGAAGGGAAGUACUUCACGAAAGCGAGAGACCUGCAGAAGAAGGAAGACUUGGACUUGUCGGUGGAGCCUGAGAGCGGAGUUCCGGGCAUCCCGUCCGGUGCUUCGGCCGCCACGAAGCGGCCCCUGGUGCCGUCCAUUCGGAGUCAUGGUCACCGCGCCAGUCGGUGGGUGCAUCAGGGCGCCAAGCUUGCGCAGUGCCAAAAGUGGCUCUUGGGGCCGAAGAGGAAGGAAGACCCAUCUCGCCCACCGUCCUUCGCUUCGACGGCUUUGGGGGGAUCCCCAGAGCUGAGGGAGGCAGCACUUCGACAGCAUCUGUCAGCCCGGGCUGGAUGUGCUGGCCGGCGGGCCGAGGAGAAGGUGAGGUGUCAUCUAGAGCUGCAUGCCUCGUGGUUCCGGCACAUUCUGACCAACACCGGGCGGACCAAUAAGGCCUAUCGUGGUCAUGCUGGCGAGUCAGCCCGCAAUGCGCCGUAUGACUUCACUUUGGAUGGUCUUCGGGAUCAAGCUCCAUUUGACGAUUUGUAUUUGAUACUGUUUAGCCCAGAUAGCUUGUACAUCAUCAAACAUGACCUCCAGACCGGAGUUGAAAAAGCUGGCACGCAAACUGCAACCGGCGGCGGUCAUAACAUUGCUGUUUAUGGUGCUCGGAAGGAAGAAUGUUGGCAAACCGCCCUGCCUCGAAUGCUUGACAAGUUCUUGGCUGCGGAUCGCUGCAAACUUGUGGCUUGCAUCGACUUAUCAGAUGUUGAAGUCCGCAGCUGGCUGGUAGAGGAAAUGGACAGAGUAAAAUCGCACCAGGACGAGGCAUACCAAGGGGUGCCGCUGAACCAGAUGGCACCAGCGCUGCGUGGCAAUCUUCUUGAGGACAUAGCAUUCGAGGUACCUUGCGUCAGUGAGGAAUCCCGGGCUCAAAAUCUCAUGCUGCGUACUGCUUUGCCAGCAGUAACUGCAUUUUUUCCAUUUGGUUUCCGAUGGCAACAGCGGAGGCCUUUGGUGCUGAGUGCCUCGCAGUUCCUGCACAUUCUUGAAAAGCCAGACUUCACCAGCCAAGCCUACAAUGGAAAUGCCGGACAUGAGUUAUCCUUGCUGCCUGGGACGCGUCGCGGAACAAUCCUGGAGCGCUUUUGCAAGAACGAGCUGGCGCGGCUAAAUCCGAACAGCAAAAUUGAAGAGCCAACUGAAGGGACUCGCUGCGAUGGAAGUCGCAAGCCCACAUCGCAGGCAGAGUACGAUUUCGUGUUGAACGGCCGCAAAACUGAGUGCAAAAGUGCACAGAUGUCUUGGAACAGCAAUGCGAAGUGUUGGUCUAUCACAUUUUGCAGCAUCAAGCUGUCAGAGACAGAAUUUCGGGAACGGGCUCCAUUUGAUGAUUUGUAUUUGACGAUAUUCAGCCCGGAUAGUUUGCACAUCAUCAAGCAUGAUCUUCAGACCCGGGUUGCCCUAGCUGGCAAGCGAACAAAAAGUAGUGGUCAUCAGAUUGUUGUCCGAGGUGCUCGCAGGCAAGAGUCUUGGCAAAGUGCACGGUCUCAAAUUCUUGGCAAGCUUCUGGCUGCAGGACACUGCGAACUUGUGGCGUACAUAGAUUUAUCAGCCAAAGAAGUGAGGGCCUUCCUGGCACAGCAAAUGGAAGGAAUGGCAGCGCGCCAGGACCAUGAGUACAAGGGAGUACCCCUAAACCACACAGGGCCAGAGCUGCGCGGCUUGCGAAUCGAACAGAUAGGAUUCGAAGUGGAUCAGAUUCUCCAUCCAAAUGUUUCUUUUCAGUUUUCCAGAUCUUCUUCCAACGUAGACUGGGUUCGUGGAGAUGUGAAAGUCGAAAACAAGCAUGGACAGAUGCUCUUUGAUCAAGACAGGCAGUGUUGGUAUUGUGGUUUCUCACGAAUCAAGUGUGCUGGUGCCAAUGUUCGUGAAACUAAUAUGUUUGAUGAGCUUUGGCUUGUAAUCUACAGCCCCUUCGGCCUUCACUUUCUGAAGCAUCCUGGAAACUUCGACCCAGGCAUGAGACAGAGUCCACGUGGAAGACAUUUGAGGCUUUCUGCACCCAAACAUAUGCUUGACAUCAAGGAGGCACUUGACCUCAUGCUGGUGAAAAUCGAGGUAGACUGGGGCUGUCAGCCUUUAGCAACGGUGCUUUGGGACAAGAACUGGCGCGGCUACAUCCGCACAGCACAAUCGAAGAGCCUACCCGAGGGGCUCGGUGCAAUGGAGCUCAAAGGUCAGCUUCACAGGCCGAGUGGGACUUCAGAUGACUUCAGUUUGGGUGGCCGGAAAAUUGAGUGCAAAAGUGCGCAAAUGUCAUGGCAAGAAAAUGGGAAACGUUGGAGUGUACGCUUCCAGGGCAUCAAGCUGCCACGGCCAGGAUUUCGGGAACAGGCUCCAUUUGAUGAUUUGUAUUUGACGAUCUUCAGCCCAGACAGCUUGCAUAUCAUCAAGCAUGAUCUUCGGACGGGAGUCAUCUCAGUUGGCCAGUCGACAGGAUUUCGUGGUCAUGACAUUCAGAUCCGUGGUGCUUCAGGGCAAGAAUGUUGGCAAAUUGCGCUGUCCCAAAUACUCGACAAGCUCCUGGCUGCAGGCCAUUGCAAACUUGUGGCUCGCAUAAAUUUGAGGGCCUUCCUGGCACAGCAAUUGCAAGGAAUGGCAGCACGCCACGGCACUGAGUACGAGGGGGUGCCAUUGAGCCAAAUGACACCAGCACUAUGUUUGAAGGAGGUGGCUUGUGGAAAAGCAUGCAUGUCCUGGGCAGCCAGUAAGUUCUACAAGGCCAUUGUCGCCACGAAAGAGGCGGCGAUCCUUUUGUUGCAAAGGUUGGGUGGCGGAUGGCGGUAUUGUUUGGUGCUGAGCGCCUCACAGUUUCAACACAUUUUGAAUGAUCCUGGGCAGACCAGCAAGGCAUAUGCAGGUCACGCUGGCUAUGAGCUGUCCUUGCUAUCUGGGAAGCGCCGCGGAACGAUCCUGAACAAACUUUGCAAGAAAGAGCUGGCUCGGCUCAACCCUAAGGCCAAAAUGGAAGAGCCGACCGCAGGGAGCUAUUGUGAUGGAGCCCGCAGGUCAGCCAGCACCGCAGUGUAUGACUUUAUUUUGGAUGGCCGCAACCUUAAAUGCAAAAGUGCACAGAUGUUUUGGGACAAUGCUCAGAAGAGUUGGCGUGCUCUAUUUCACAAAGUCAAACUGCCCUGUCCAGGCUUUCGGGACCAGGCUCCAUUUGACGAUUUGUACCUUACACUCUUCAGCCCAGAUAGUUUGCACAUCAUCAGGCAUGACCUUCAGACCGGAGUUUACUCGACUGGCAAGCGAACAGAGAGCCAUGGUCAUCAGAUUUCCAUUCAAGGCACACGGGGGCAAGAAUGUUGGCAAACGGCGCGGCAUCAAAUCCUGAACAGGUUCCUGACAAAAGGUUGCGAACUUGUGUCUUCCGUGGAUUUGUCAGCAGUUGAAGUCAGCAACUGGCUGACACAGCAAAUCGAAGGACUGAGAGCACCACAGGACCUCGCAUACCAGCGGGUGCCAUUGAACCAUAUGGCGCCACAGCUACGUGGCUUGCGGAUUGAAGAGGUUGCAUUUGGAGUGGAUCGGAUUCUCCAUCCCAAUUGUUCAUUUUCACGCUCUUCUUCAGAAAUAGACUGGUUUCGUGGAGCGGUGAGAGUGGAAUUGAAGAGCAGCCAAAUGUGCUACAACAAAGUGCAAAGGUGUUGGCAAUGUUCUUUCCAGAGCAUCAAGUGUGCAUGCCAAGGUGUGCGUGAUCGCGACCUGUUUGAUGAACUGUGGCUUGCAAUCUACAGCCCUUUCGGCGUUCAUAUUUUGAAGCAUCCUGGUGGCAAAGUCCGUUUCAGCCUUGCUGGCUUGCAAGAGCAGGAUGAUGGACAGAGGAUACAGGUCUACUCCAGCCGCAAUGUGAUUGAUGUCAGGGAGGCCCUUGACGAAAUGCUCCACAAGAUGGAGGCAUGGGGCUGUCAAGCUCUUGCAACUAUUCUUUGGUGAUUUCACGGCUGUGCGACUCUGCAU